AUACACACAAAUUUGUUAUUACUCUUUUAAUCUUCUUCUUCUUCUGUUGUUCAUCGACUUCUUCUUUUUUUUUUUCUUUUUAAUUGGCAAAGAAGAAAUUUAUUAGAUUAAAAGAGAAGAAGAAAAAGGAAAGAGAUAGCAAUGGAGGAAGAUCAACACUUCCAAACCCACUGCUCAAUCCUGUUAAAAAAAAAAAAAAAAACAAAGUUGGUAUGGUACCAACUGAGUAAACCCAUAAGCAACAAAAACAAAAAUCACACAAAAGGAUAGCAUUCAAUCACCCAAAAAUCAUCCCAAAAAAUACCUUUCCUGCUAGCUACCUUCAGUUGAAAAGAUCUCACAACAUCAAUUCGGAAAAUAAAGUCAUCCACCGAAAAGCAAUGAACCUCAACUCUUGAUUUCACCCAAAAGUUGUUGUUCAUUGACUUGGGAAGAUAACCUAAAGUUUUAUUGAAGUACAUAAAAUAUGAUAUCAGAAAUCUGAACUAGGGUUUUUUUUUUUUUUUCUUCAUAUGAAUGCCACCUUAGCUACUUACUUUGGUUUUUAAGGACUAUCAAGGUGUGGGAAGAGUUGCAGACUUCGAUGGAUGAAUUAUCUACGACCAAAUAUCAAAAGGGGGAACUUUAGCAAGGAAGAAGAAGAAAUAAUUAUCAACUUACACGAAUCACUUGGGAAUAGAUGGUCUGCAAUGGCAGCACAGCUACCGGGAAGAACAGACAAUGACAUUAAAAACCAUUGGCAUAGCUACCUCAAGAAACGCUCGAGCCGAAUCUCCAUCUCACAAGGAAAAAAACUGAGCUCCGGUGAUCGUUCCAAAUGCAAAAGCAAUCGACAAAAAAAAUCAGAAGUUAAAAAUUCUUCUUCAAACCCUUCAACUCAACAAAUCUUUGAAAGCUACCAAUCCUCACCGCCAUCAUUAUCCACUAAAUUUCGUUGUUUGGCAAUAGACACCACAGAAGGAAACUGCACAAGCUUUGUCUCUCCUUCUGAAAUGUUUGCUGAAACCUCUGGAGAUUUUUGGACAGAACCAUUUUUAGCAGACAAUUACGACGCCACAUACGAUGUCAUGACACCAUUGGUCGACAACACUGGAUUUCUAUCUCCGCAUUUUUCGACUAUCAACGAAGAAUUUCUCUGUUCAUAUGGUUUCUAUAUUUGAUGAGCAUAGCAAUGUCCGGAACUGGUAAAACCAGUAAUUGUAGUGAUCACAUGUCCAAAUAUGUUUUCUUUUUCCUUAUCUUGCUUCUACUUUGGUUGCUUUUUCAGCUUGAUUUUAUGUAAUUUUCCUCAUUUGGAAGGUUUCACUUCUAAAGAGUGGAGAACUGAGAUCAUUGCUUAAAUAUGCUAUGUACAAAAAAAUUAUAUCCUAUUUUGAUGCAAA